ACAUAUUAACAAAAGUAGUUUUUGAGUAUAUUGUAUACAAACAAAAUGUUUAUAGUACAGUGGUGUUUUUUAAAUAAUUAUUAAAAUUUUACUUGAAAAUCCACUAUUAUCGAUUAGCGAAUUAGACUAAAAUGCAUCUACAAAAUAUCGUUAACGGUAAUAUUGUUAUUUAGCUUUUAUGAUACAGGAUUGUUUGUUGACAUCGUGUGGGGUUUUCCCACGUGGGUGGUCUAUUUAUUGUGUAUUUUCCAUUCAAGGCGCCAAGGAGUAAUUUGAUUUUGAAAAAAAAAGUGAAUUGCAAGUAUGUUUUAUUUUAAACUUACACAAAACACAGUAACAUAAUUAUUUUAUUAAUAUAUAACAAUGAAAGUGUUUUUGUUGUUGAUAAUUUAUCCGCAUCUUGUUACUUGCGGAACAAUUCAAAGAAAAUAUUUGGAAGAAUCGCAAUUUUACGAUUCUUUUGAGACUGAAUCGACACCGCAAAAUUACAGCUUUUCGCCUCACAUCCAUCAUAAAGAAUCAAAAAAGACAAAGGAAACGUCACGAUUAAAAUUAUAUGAUUUAAAUCUUCCGUACUGCCAGAGAUCUGCAAAAUGCCAAAUUUUAAAUUUCACUACUUGCAUGGGGGCCAAAUUACCAUAUCAUAGCACAACUUUAGACCUUACUGAUUUGAAAAGUCAAGAGAAAGUACAAGAAAAACUGCAGUUAUAUAGAUAUUUAAAAUUUAUUCCUAAAUGCUGGGCAGUUAUUCAACCAUUCCUAUGUUCUUUAUACAUGCCUAAAUGUGAAGAUGAUAAAGUGGAUUUACCUUCUUAUGAAAUGUGUAAAAUUACUUUAGAGCCUUGUAAAAUUUUAUAUAACAGUUCGGUGUUUCCUGAAUUUUUCAAUUGUGAAGAUGAACGCUUGUUUCCCAUGAAUUGCAAAAAUGAUAUCCAUGAAGUUAAGUUCAAUACAACAGGUUAUUGUAUGGAUCCAUUAGUAAAGACUGACAAACAAGAAUGGUGGUAUCCUGACGUAGAAGGUUGCGGUUUGAAAUGUAAAGAUUCUCUUUAUACAGAAAAUGAACAUUAUCAAAUACACAAACUUAUAGCAUACUGUACAUUGUUUAGCAUGUUAUCGAAUAUUUUUACUAUAGCAACUUUUGUAAUUGACUGGAAAACGGCCAACAAAUAUCCAGCUCUAGCCAUAUUUUAUGUCAAUGUAUGUUUUUGUAUAUCAUAUGGAGGGUGGUUAGUACAAUUUUUAGGAAGUGAGACUAGGGAGGAUAUUGUUUGUAAAAAAGAAGGAACUUUAAGAAAAUCCGAGCCUUGUGCCACUGAAAAUUUAUCGUGUGUUAUCGUAUUUGUUAUGGUGUACUAUUUCAUGAUUGCCGGAUUGGUCUGGUUUGUCAUAUUCAGCUAUUCUUGGCAUAUGAAUUCUCUACAAGCACUAGGAAAGAUUCAAGAUAGGGUAGACAGAAAAAGGGCUUAUUUUCAUUUAGUAGCUUGGAGUUUUCCUUUGAUUUUAACAAUUACAACAAUGGCUAUCGGUGAAAUUGAUGGUGACUAUGUGACAGGUAUUUGCUUUGUGGGAUUUGUCACUAAAGCAGCCAGAGCGGGUUUACUUUUAACACCCCUAGCAGCUGCAAUGAUUGCCUCAGGAUAUAUUAUAGUUAAAGGGCUCCUACUACUUAUUAAAGUGAAAAUUGAAAGUAGAGAAAUAAUAUCUGAACAUUCCAGUAGAAAAAUUAGAUCAAAUAUUGUUAGAAUGGGAGUUUUUACUAUUUUUAUGAUAGUAUUUUGCGUAAUUACCUUCGGUUACCAUCAUUACAUUUUUGAAAAUUCAUCGCAAUGGAAUAAAAGUCUACAGGAUUAUAUUUACUGUAAAUUGACAAGUUUGAGUUCAGAUUCUACUCAUUGCAAACAAGAUUCACGUCCUAGUGUAGCGAUGCUACAAUUACAACUGUUGGCAGUCUUCGGAUCCGGUAUAGCGAUGGCUUCUUGGGUAUGGUGUGAUGCUACUUUACAUGCUUGGGGUAGAUAUAUUAGAAAAAAAUUUCAUUGUGAGAUAGAAGAACCGAUGAAACUACAAAAGCACAAAAUAAUCGCUCAAGCUUUUGCUAAAAGAAAAAAGUUCAACGAUGGGGGACAGAUAUCGAUUCUUUGUCAGCACCACACGGAUCCAGUAGGACUCCAGUUUGAAUUGAACAGCGCAGCUAGUAACGAAUUAAGUACAACAUGGGCAGCUAAUUUACCAAGAUUGGUUAAUAGAAGAGGAGCCGUACCGAAUGAAGUCGCUUAUUCGGCAUCAAGUAAUAAUCAUUCGAUGGAUAGUGAAGUCAGUUUAAAUUUCAGACAUGUCAGUAUCGAAAGUAGAAGAAACUCGGGAGAUAGUCAAGUUUCCGUUCAGAUUGCGGAACUGAAAGCUACAAGAAAGGUGAAUUCCAGAAGACACCGAAGCAAACACAGGUCGAAUAGACAGUUCAGAAGUCAUUCCAGGAAUAUAAGUCAAACAUCAAGAAGACUUUCCAAAUCCGGUACAAAACGAGAAAGUAGUACGAGUUUAGAUUCCCAUUUACAAAUAAUAAAUGCCCUAACGAAUACCGGGGAAGUUAAAGCGUUUAGACCCAAUUUGAGUAGACGUACCGGCAAUGCUGGACUUGACGGUCCUCAUAUCAAUAAUCUACUUUCAAACGGAAAACUUCGAAUUCCUUGUAACAUAACCAACGGCAAGAGUGGAAGUGAAGAUGAAAAUGUUUCGGUAACCAUAUCGGAAAGUACUUUUAACAUGAAACUAAGUAACCACGCAAACAAUUUAGAUCUCAAUGAUGAACUAGCAUUAAAAUCCCUCAGACAAGGUAUACAUAUCGAAGAAAUCGAUUCUUCCAGUGAUGCAGAUCGAUCGGAAAAAUAUAAUAAAGAUUUCGAACAAGAAAAACGUAGUAAGAAGGGAUCGGGAAGAGAUUCUCAUUCAAGUAAAAGGUCGAGGAGGUCUAAAGUUACAAGGAAGAAGUAUUCCGAAGAUUCAGAUAGUUGUCAUAUAAGAAGCGAUAGUUCCUCUUGUUCGGAAAUAAAACAACUUGUCCAGAGUUCUUUAAAUUCCGGAAAUUCUGUUUGCGUCGAUAAAAAUCGAGGAUCGAGACAAUCGAAGACGUCCAUAGACGUUGCGGUUCAAGCAAAUGCUCAAGAUUUAGAUAACGAACUUAAAAAUAUGAAGAAGACCGAAAAUGAGAAACAUAAAAGUAAACAAACUAAAACGAAAGAAAAUAGAUAUAGGAAGGCGAGGAGAAGCUCGGAAAUCGAAACUAAUAAAAAGAGAAGAAUCUCCAAGGAGAAAUAUAAAAAUUGUGGCAGCUCCCAAGAAAGGGAAUCUCUUAAUAGAGAUACCGAUGAAGAAAAUUUAUUGGAUCGGAAGUGUAAAAUCGAUAUAAAAAAAAUGCAACAAUUAGUUUAAUAUCAAUAGUUGUUGCUGUCCUUUAAUAAGAAUCUAGUUUUACUUUUUUAUUAUUAAAAUUUUGGAGUUUACCUCCGAUAUUACUCUGAUCUCAAAUUUAAAGACUAAAAUUUUUCUACUGAACACAAAACUUUAUACAAACACACCAAUAAUCAUAAUUACAUCCUUAAUCCUUAGAUACUUUAAUAAAUGAUUGAUUUAAAUCCGGCUCGAAGGACCAAAGUUAGUGUAUUCAGUAGUAAUAUCACCAAUUCCAAAUUAGGGACAUUUUUUCCUUCCUUUACACACUACUUACUAUCUUGAAAUCAAUAUUCUUGAUUACACUUUUUUUGAUCCUUGAAGAUUUCCAUAAAUAACUGGUUUAAAUCCGGCUCGAAGAACCAAAGUUUUAUAGCGUAUUCAGUAUGAAUCUCACCAAGUCCAGAUUGAUAUUUUUUUCUUCUGAACAAACUAUUUACUACCAUUGUAUCGAUACUCUUAAUUACACUUUUUCAUUCUUGGGAACUUAUGUUGGUGGUUAUUAUAAAUCCGGCUCGAAGGACCAGAGUUGAAGUGCUAACUUUCCUACUGAAGACACUAUUUACCACCAUUGCACCAAUAAUCUCAAUUACACAUUUUGGUCCUUGGAGACUUCUAUAAGUGGCUAAUUUAAAUACGGCUCGAAGGACCAAACUCGAUUGUUAUCAUUUUUAUAUACACCAUAUUUAAUUAUUUGUAUGCAUAUUUGUGAUUUUUACAUUUUUGUAAUAUAAAUAUAUUUUAAGAUAAUGUCCAUUAUUUUCAAAAAAAACCCAUUUCCAUCAACAACCUUCAGUUGCAUAUAUAUUCAAAGUAUUCACCUAUUCAGUGAAACUAAUUAAUUGUGAAUCACAUUUGACUAUAGAAAUGCCUCCUUUGACCACUGCAGCUAAUAUGCCUCUUUGACUGUCUAUAAAUUAGACUCCUUUGAGAACUAGCCUAUGAACUGUAGGGAUUUGUCCCCCUGUUUAGUAAAUUAGCCUCAUUUGACAACUAUGCUAUGAACUUUAGCUAAUAUACUUCUUUUUCCGUCUGUAAAUUAGGCUCCUUUGAGAACUAUGCUCUGAACUGUAAAAAAAUGCCCCCCUGUCCUGUAAAUUUGCCUCCUUUGAGAACUAAUAUGUACUAGUAUCUAGACAUAAACUCAAUCUACAAAUAAAACUUUUCUGGAAGAGUAUCAUUAUUAGUUUGUUAUAAACUUUCUCAAUAUGAAGAAUCAUUUUAUUACUUACAAUUUAUGUA